UUGCCCUGUCUUCAAUUACCGGUUUUAUCACUCUCUGGAUACCUCUUAACAAGAAAAACAUGAAUCGGCCACAUUUAUGGGGCGCAAUUUUUUUAGCGCUCCUGCAAUUCACAACAUCGGACAAAAUUCAGAGCACUGCUACCAAAUCCAAAGUUAAUAAGAGGGGUUUGAGUUCGUUUUCGCCAAAUUAUGGAUUCACAUCGUUUUUCGGUCAAUCGACACCCAACGAUUUUUUUGGAUUCUCAAAACCUUCGCUAUUCUUCACAAAUCCGCCAACAGGUGGUUUGGAAAUUUCAUAUCCAUUUAAAUCCUCAAAACCAAGUUUUUUUCCAUCCGGUUUUCAACCGAUAACACCUUCACCACCAACAACACCAUCACCGGCUGCGCAAUUCCGUUGCGGGGACUUUUUUCCAAAUCAGUGUCCAGCAUCGAGAUAUCGAACUUACGAUGGAUCAUGUAAUAAUCAACAUCAGCCAACUUGGGGAAUGGCAAAUACACGAUAUGGCCGUCUACUUCCUGCAGAUUAUGCUGACGAUGUGCAUGCACCCAGAGCAGCAGGAAGUGGGAAUCCUCUACCACUUUCAAGAAGUCUCAGCUACAUCCUCUCGCCUGACAUUGAAAUUCUCGAUAGGAAAUGGACCCUCGCUGCUAUGCAGUACGGGCAGAUAAUCACUCACGACAUGGCCAUGAUAGACGGAAGCACGCAGUCAACUGCUCAUCCAACGCAAUGUUGCACAAAUGACGGCCAAUUGAUUCCUGAGGCACUCGACAGUCCGUUAUGUUUUCCAAUUAUUGUGCCAAACAAAGAUCCUGUUUAUAGCGGAAGGAAGUGUAUGAAUUUCGUCCGUAGUAAUACUGACCUUGAUCGCGGUUGCUCGUCUCAAUAUGAACCCGCAGAACAGUUAACAGUUGUUUCACAUUAUAUGGAUCUUUCACUUGUCUAUGGAUCAAGUAAUGAUGUCGCAGCAAGUUUGCGAGCAGGUGUAGGUGGUCGUCUAGUUGUCGAAGUUCGAGGAAAUCGAGAGUGGUUGCCGUCUGCUCAGAAUAGAAGCGCUUGUCAUGAGGGAGCACAAGUUUGCUACAGAUCUGGUGACAGACGAGUAAACCAGAAUCCCCAGUUGACAAUUCUCCAGGUUAUUUUGCAUAGAGAACACAAUCGUGUUGCCGGUGUUUUGGCUCGACUGAAUCCUCACUGGACAGAUGAAACGAUUUUUCAGGAAGCACGUCGCAUCGUUACCGCUGAACAUCAACACAUCUCGUAUUACGAAUGGCUUCCAAUAUUUUUAGGUGUAAAGAAUUCUUUCAAACAUAAGCUUAUUUAUAACACAAAGGACUACGUUGACGAUUAUGAUGCAUCCAUUAAUCCAAGCGUAUUGAAUGAACACUCGACAGCGGCAUUCCGAUAUUUCCAUUCUCUUAUUGCUGGAAAUCUCGAUUUGGUGAAAGAGCCCAGAUUUACCUAUUCAUACAGUGCUUUUAAUUCGUUGAGACUGAGUGACCACUUCAACAAUCCGGCUGUUAUCGAGCGCGGAAAUAAUUUCGAUGACCUCACCAGAGGAUUGGGAACUCAACCGGAAGAGGCAGCGGAUCAAUUCUACGACAGAGAGAUUACAAAUUUCCUGUUCCGUGACAUGGAUCAACUUGGAGUCGAUCUCCGCGCCAUAGAUAUACAACGAUCUCGAGAUCAUGGUCUCGCAUCGUACAAUGAUUACCGUAGCUAUUGUGGAGUUCCAAAAGCAACAACGUGGAAAGAUUUCCUUGACCUCAUUUCCCCUCAGAAUGUACAAAUACUAUCAAAAAUGUUCGAAUCGCCUGACGAUGUAGAUUUAACGGUUGGCGGUAUUUUGGAGAGGCAUGUGCCAGGAACAUUGGCAGGACCAACAUUCCUUUGCAUUUUAACUGAACAAUUCUUUAGGACGAGAGUUGGAGAUCGUUUCUGGUAUGAAAGUGGAGAUACUGACACUGCAUUUACUCUUGAACAAUUGAACGAACUUCGUAAAGCAAGCAUUUCGAGGUUGUUCUGUGACAAUGGGGAUAACAUUCAAUCGAUGCAGAUGAGAGGAUUUGAACAAAUUUCCGAAAGAAAUCCUCUUGUGAGUUGCGACUACAUUCCAGCCAUUGAUUUAUCAUUGUGGAAAGAUUAUGCACAAGGUCCAUCGCUUAUACAACCGCGACCGUCGUAUUUUAAGAAAUAAAAUUUAAUUUAAACUAACUGUUAAUUUUUUUUUAAUUGUUAAUGAAUUUUUGUAAGUUCAUCAUUCCUUUUUGUACAGUUAUGACUAUAUGGAUCAUUCACUCGACGAAAGCUAUUAAUUAUUAUAGCUCUACCAUUGUCAUCAAAUUUUUUUUAUAUUAUAAUAUGAAUUAAAAUACUUUAUCGUCCAAA